AUGCGACUGAUUGCAAGACAAUGUCGCGCUUUUCGCAUGCAACGUUUCCUAUAUAACGACUCGCAGGCGGCAAAAGUGGCGAAUUUGGGGGACAUGACUGAAUAUCUCAGCUCAGAAGCUAUUCCUCAUCUUUUGAAUAAACCAAUGUGUUCUGAGAGGCUGGAUCCGCAAAUAAGUCUCAGACUAUUUCCAACGAAUUACGCAUAUCUACCCAGAGUUCACGGACUCGCCAGCUACAGGAAUGCCAUGUCUCUGCUAACGUCGAUCGUCCGGAGUUUUGUUCUUCACCAGAACUGUAGUCUGCAUGUGACCGGGGUUGAGACCAUAAGUGGCAUCAGUAAGGGACAACGCUACAACAUGAUCACCGGGAAUGACAAGAUCGUGAUCCAUUGGCGAAGUUGUCGCAGCGAGGGCGAAAAUUUGGAUUCAGAAACCGGUUUUUUUCCGCAGGCGAAAUUGAAGGAUCUUGAUUCCGUGAAAUCGUCAUCUGGAUCCACGACAGAAACGACAGACACGACUACCGCCUCUUCCGAUCGGGAACUAUUGAACCACCUUUUAAAUUCCAGUCACAAAGCUCUUCGUGGCUUGAAUCCGCAUCCAGCUACAAUUUUGAGCGAAUUGACGUCCCAGCUGCGGUAUCCACGCAUUAUUCAUGGCCUCUUCAUAUUCGAACUUAAUCACGACAACACCAAGGUUUUGGUACACACCAUCGACAACGUGGAAAUCUCAGGCAAACGAAAAAAACAAGAGACUGGAGCUCUGGCAUGCUGA